UAGCCACUACCUUAAUUUCUCAUUCGCGUCCUACCUCAGGCUCAUUCUCCCACAUCAACUUCAAAGAAAGUAGAAACCACCAAAAAUAAUAAACCGGAGAAUUUCUGGGACCUACGGAAGAGACCCACAGGCGCAGUUGUUAAUUCACUUAAGGAAGAAGCGUAUGGGCUAAAGCCCAAAAACUGAUCUUCGUCCAUUUUUUAGUAUCGUAACGGCUAACCUUUCGAGCCCAUUUUGGAUGUCUGAAACCUCUCAAACCGACACCACCGAUGGGUUCCAUAGACGCACCGACGACUACAGAAAACGGUACAACACAGUCUCACGCCGCAGCAACGGCCGACGGCGAUCAGAAGCGUUUGGCCUCCGCAAACGGAGCCCCAGCGGAGAUGACGCUGGAGUCUGAGGCAACGAAAAAGAGAAGGUCGAGUGUGCUCCCUCUAGAAGUGGGUACUCGCGUGAUGUGCCGCUGGAGAGACGGCAAGUAUCAUCCCGUCAAGGUCAUCGAACGGCGCAAGAUGCACUUCGGUGGGCCUGAUGAUUACGAAUACUACGUUCAUUACACCGAGUUUAAUAGGAGGCUUGAUGAAUGGGUGAAGCUUGAACAGCUUGAUCUUGAUUCAGUGGAAACAGUUGUUGAUGAAAAGGUUGAAGACAAGGUAACAAGCUUAAAAAUGACGCGACAUCAGAAACGUAAGAUUGAUGAGACACACGUGGAAGUAGGUCACGAGGAGCUAGAUGCUGCUAGCUUGCGUGAACAUGAGGAAUUCACAAAGGUGAAAAAUAUAGCGACCAUAGAACUUGGAAGAUAUGAGAUUGAAACAUGGUACUUCUCUCCCUUUCCACCUGAAUAUAAUGAAUCAUUGAAGUUGUACUUUUGUGAGUUUUGCCUCAACUUCAUGAAGCGCAAAGAGCAACUUCAAAGGCAUAUGGUUGAUGGAAAAAAGAACAAAGUUUAUGGGCAGAAUCUUUGUUAUUUGGCGAAGUUAUUCCUUGACCACAAGACCCUUUAUUAUGAUGUUGACCUGUUUCUGUUUUAUGUUUUAUGUGAAUGUGAUGAUCGAGGUUGCCAUAUGGUUGGAUACUUUUCCAAGGAAAAGCAUUCAGAAGAAUCAUAUAAUCUGGCAUGUAUCCUCACCCUCCCUCCAUAUCAGAGGAAAGGCUAUGGAAAGUUUUUAAUUGCCUUUUCAUAUGAACUUUCGAAGAAAGAAGGUAAAGUUGGCACACCUGAAAGACCACUUUCUGAUCUGGGGCUGUUGAGCUACAGAGGGUACUGGACAAGGGUUCUUUUAGACAUCUUGAAAAAGCAUAAAGGAAAUAUUUCCAUCAAGGAGCUCAGUGACAUGACAGCCAUAAAGGCUGAGGAUAUAUUGACCACUCUGCAAAGUCUAGAACUGAUUCAGUACAGGAAAGGGCAGCAUGUUAUCUGUGCAGAUCCCAAGGUCUUGGAUCGUCAUCUUAAAGCCGCUGGCCGUGGUGGUCUCGAGGUUGAUGUUAGCAAAUUAAUCUGGACACCAUAUAAAGAACAAAGUUGAUUGCUAAUGCUAAUGCUGCUUGUAUAAAGAACAGAUUCGAGUUACGCCAACGAGUUUGUUUAAUUACUUGCUGUUUUCUAGGAAUUAGUAACUUCUUGUGUUUUUAUAAAAUAGAUGUGUUAGGAUACGAAGUUAGAAAUCAGAAACCUAAAAAUCAAGAGCUCGUACUAUCGUGACGUGCUUUACUGCCAUAACCCAUCACCUGAGACAUGUCGUGACAAGCUAACCUGUAUAUGUAUGUAUACCAUGAGAUGCAAUAUAAUGACUCUUUCCCUCUUAUGUGCGA